AGACGCGGGGGACGCGUGGGUGUCGCUCGGGGGCGCUCGCCUCCCCCACCCAGUCUGUCCCGGGCCGCGAGCGCUUCCAGUCAGGUUACUUCUGGGGGACAAGAAAGGCACCGCCUGAACUGUCGAGACGCUUUUUCCCGCUACGGUUUUCCCCGGAGCUGACAGGGGCAGCAAGGUCGGAGUUGAUCCGAGGGUCCCUGCCUGGUCCCGGGGGGAAGGUCAGCCUCCCGCCCGGAACCGCGAGGAGAGGAAGCAGGUCGGGGUCUCCGGGACGCGCAGACACCCGCGGCCUCCUCCCACCAGGCUGGCGGUCUCUGAACCCUGGCGCCUCCUUAAAGCCGCAGCUCCGCCCCGCCCUCCCCGCCCGCCCGUCAGUCUUCAGACCCUCCCAACCGCCGGGUCCCCGCCGCCUCAGCGGAGUGGUGUAGAGCCUCGAGCCUGCGAGGAGCGCCCCGUCCCGCGUCCCCGCGUUCCUGCGUCCUGCGAUCCGCCGCCAUGGCCAGCGAGGAGCUGGCGCGCAAACUGGAGCGCCGGCUGCGGCGCGAGGAGGCCGAGGAGAGUGGCCCCCAGCUGGCUCCCCUCGGCGCCCCAGCCCCAGAGCCCGAGCCCGAGCCCCCCGCCCGUGCGCCCACGGCCAGCGCGGACGCGGAGCUGAGCGCCCAGCUGAGCCGGCGGCUGGACAUCAACGAGGGCGCUGCGCGGCCCCGGCGCUGCAGGGUCUUCAACCCCUACACGGAGUUCCCGGAGUUCAGCCGCCGCCUCAUCAAGGACCUGGAGAGCAUGUUCAAACUGUAUGACGCUGGGCGGGAUGGCUUCAUCGACCUGAUGGAGCUGAAGCUGAUGAUGGAGAAGCUGGGGGCCCCCCAGACCCACCUGGGCCUGAAGAGCAUGAUCAAGGAGGUGGAUGAGGACUUCGAUGGCAAGCUCAGCUUCCGGGAGUUCCUGCUCAUUUUCCACAAGGCCGCGGCGGGGGAGCUGCAGGAGGACAGUGGGCUGAUGGCGCUGGCAAAGCUCUCUGAGAUUGAUGUGGCCCUGGAGGGCGUCAAAGGUGCCAAGAACUUCUUUGAAGCCAAGGUCCAAGCCUUGUCAUCGGCCAGUAAGUUUGAAGCAGAGUUGAAAGCUGAGCAAGAUGAGCGGAAGCGGGGGGAGGAGGAGAGGCUGCUCCGCCAGGCAGCCUUCCAGAAACUCAAGGCCAACUUCAGUACAUAGUCCUGCUGACCUUGCCCUCUGCCCACAGCUGUGCCUCACAGAUGCCCUGAGAAGAGAUGACUAGGCAUCUUCAUCACUGCUGCCGGUCCCCUCCCUGAGCCAGCGUCUCCAUCCACCACCCCAUGCCAGCUCCCAUGCCAGCCUUCAUUCCUCCCAGUGUCCGAGCCCCUCUAGGAGGGUCCUGGGGUGGGCCAGAUGCCUGCCCACCUCUGUCUCCUGCCUCUGCUCCUCCACCCUACCUGUAGCCAGAACUUGUAUCUUCUCAGCAACCUUCACUUUGUCCUUGUCCCUUUACCAUUCCACAUCAAAGAGUAGUCUGCUGUGUCAAUUUGUAGAGAUAGGUCUGUCUUUUUUUUUGUCCUCAGAGAAAAUGCCCAUUUUCUCGGAGAAUUCUCUGCACUCCUCUCUGCUUCCUGUCCAGCUUCCCUGUUCUCAUCUUUGGUAGGAUUCUGCCAGUUGCUUUUGCAUCUUCUGUUCCUGGGUAAUGGUGGGUCUUAAUGGAGGCUGGGUGGACCACUGCCUGUCCACUCUUCACCAGGAGGAACAGCAUGCCGCCACGGUGACACACAUUAGAGAAAGGACAGAGGUCUGCUCCUUCCUGCCACCUUUCUCCUGGCCCCUUAGCAUUCCCCCAGUCCCUCCCUCUUCACCCUGCUCCAUCUGUGUCUUCCCAGCUCAGCCUUUUUCCCACUCUUAAAUACUGUACUACUUCACUGUAAGAAUGAAAGAAUAGUUAGGAUACCAAUGAGUAAAAGGGUUCCUGUUCACUCUGACUCUGUGCAAAUUGUAUUACAGUAGACCCCUGACAUUCCCAAGUGACAGAUCCAGGGCCUUUCAAACAUCCCCAGAGUCGUGGCCAUACUCACCAUUAGCCAGUUUCUAACAUCUGUUUCAGGGUAUCCAGCUGUAGAUGUUCUUACCCCCCAUACUUGUGAGUUCUUGGGGUUGCCCACAAAUACUAGGGGUUUUUGUUGUAUUUUUAACAAAUAUAUCCUAAUGUCAUAUUUAUUCUCUUUUGUAACUGCUGUCUUUACAAUAAAGAAAUUAUCUGCCUUUCUGUCUUA